AUGUCUUGCGGGGCAGUUGUACGGGGAUUCAUGAUUGUCGGCGAGGACGUCGACGCUUUGACUGUAACCGAAGCUGGCCCUGAACACAAGUGGAUCCAGUCCAAGCUCUUUCACGGCGGUGUACACAAACGAACAGAGAAACACGCCUUCCUCAAGCAAUUCAUGGACGGACAUUGGUCGAGCUUGGACAAGAUGAUGCUGCGAUUUGUGGGCGGGAGUGCGCUGGUGCUACGGAUGGGCGGGCCCGCCCUCGACCGCGCCAUUCGGGGCGUGGUUGCCACCAUGUUGCUGCACUGCGGCAUGACUGUUUCUGCCGAAUGCGUCGACGUGGACAGCUUGAAAAUGCCGCCCAAAUCGCUCCGGUUGAUCUGGCAAAAGGCCGUCGAGCUCAAAUCGUGGGCGCUACGGUACAAAACGUCGGCCAACACCACAUACGACGAGAUUGCGACGAUGCUGACGACCAAAGUCGACCUGUUGCUGUCGUUGACGCCUUGUAAGUCCGACGCAUACGUCGGCGACCCGCCGUCGCUGUCUCGACGCAUUUCCAUGGGAUCUUCCAAGCGCAGCGGGUCGUUCGAUGCAACGCCCGAAGACGCUGCCUUUCCAAGCUGGGAACCAGAGCUCCUGCAAGCCAUCUACAACUUCUACCGAGACGUGGAUUGCAAUGUGAACAAGGUCCAGGAAAUGCUCAGCCUGUCGCAGCAAAAAGCAAUCACGCGGGCGUCGGGAUUACGACGAGUAACCAAUGUACUCCAUGUGGCCACGGUAGCAGUGCCAGCAAAAGCCGCGAUCUUGGUGCAUCUCAUGCGCGUACUUCGCCGCAAUCCGUCGUCUUUGUGGCACUACCAACAAGGCAUCGACGGAUGUCCAGCCGCCACCAAGCGCGACGUGCACGUGGCGUUUGAAGGGUUUUACUAUUGCAUCACCCAGUUGCUAAGCAACGGAUGGAACGACGUGAGCUGGCAGUUUGUGCUGUUGGAUACGUCGGCGCUGCGGAUCCUCCCGGAAGACCACGCCAUGCUCGCCAGUUGUCGGGUGUUUCAAACGCUGCAAGAGAUUCUGGAUCGAACGACCGAGAGCCAAUCGUUGCUGGGGUUGCGGCAAUCUGCGAUGAAGGUCGUGUACCUCCUCGCCCUGCAAGUCGCGAGCGAUGGCGGCGCCGAGCUAGAUCCAACCACCAACCCAACAAUCAACUCGCUCAGUCCACCGCAUUUCCAGCGCCAACUGUCUGGCCCCCAAACCCUCAGCGCCAACGUGUUUGACAUGUUGUACUCGGAGAUGUACGUGGUCGUCCAUAGCAUGCUGGAAGACACCGGCAUGGUUUACAACAUGGACACGAUUGGCCCCAACCCGCGCAUUCUGGGCGUGCUGUCCCUGCUCCAGUUUGUCUCGACGUCGUCGGUAUGCCAAACCUUUCUCUGCACGCCCAACUGGCUAUCGCUGUUUGUGACCACGGCAUGCUUUGGCCAAGUGGAGCCGCAGACGCGCGCGAUGCAGCUCCUCCACACGUUGCUUCCCCUUUGCGACCCUAGCUUCGUCGCCAUCGACCUUCCAUUCGACCUGACCACGAUGGCAUGUGUCGUCGGGACGUCAGUCCGUGCCCGCCCCCUCGUCGAGUUUUUUCUGGCCAACGUCGGACGUGCUCUAAGUCCUCUGGACGCUACAACCACGGACCAGUUGCCUCGAUCUGUCGAAUCGUGUCUGUCAUUGGGAUCUGAGAGCGUGUCCAUGCUUCGAAUGCUUAUCGGGAACGAUACCUGGUCGGAGCUUGUCGCUCAAUGCUUGACUGAUAGCUACAGCUCCCAAGCUGCGAGCCACCAGUUGGGUGUGCUGGGUGUGAUGGGGUCGUUCGCGGAGCCGCUUCGAUUUGGCGGACACGUUGAGCUCGUGGAUUGCGGCACACAAGCGACCAUUGUGAGCGUCAACAACCAAACGACAAUCGAGAUUCAGAAACGGAACCAAACGUCCAUCUGCCAAGUCCAAGUGGAGGCCGUGACGGCGGUGCCCCGUGUGGCGAUUUCCAUCGCCGCAUAUCCACCGGCGUUGGUCGAGUCCGUCUUACGACAGACGGCGCUGCUCGUGGACUCGUCGGCGUUGUUUCUUGCGCAUUUUCAAGUGGCGCGAUGGAUCUACAACGAAGAACCGGCCCGCGUGGUGAUGUUGGUGUCGGAGCAUCCGUCGGUGGCGCUCAAGGUGUUUGAAAUCGGCGCCACACUCACCGACACGAACGGGUUGCCGAGCUUAGCGCAGUUGGAAGACAAGUUGGAGCUCAUUCGGCGGGCGCAGUAUGCCACGACCUAUGGCAGCAUCCGCACCGCGCUGUAUCCAGUGUCGGAAGCCAAUGCGCCACUGCACCAACCACCGGACGUGAGUAUUCACUUGUCCUGCGAUACAAGGCUAGGGUUCGCCGAAGGACUGGUGUGCACGAUGAAGCAAGUGUCGACGUUUGAUGUGCCCGUGGACAUUGACCCAAACGCUAUCGCAUGGCUCGAGGCGCUGCUGAAUCAUGUAUUGUCGCUCACGGUCGCAGAGUUGAUGCAAACGUGGGCCACCGCGACCGAUCUGACUCGAAUCGAGCUGCGCCAUGUCCAACAAGCUGUGGAAACGGUUUACGGUCGGAUUCAGCUGCCAGAAAUGCUCCAGGCAGCCUGUGCCGAGGCCAACGAGUGGCUAUCGAACCGGGAUCAUUGGGGAAAGGAAUGGACUGUGCAUGAAACGAGCAUCGUGCAGUACGUGUUGCGGCUCCUGGCACAGAACAACUCGAGUGUAUCGAUGUACAAGUGGAGGGACAAGUGCGCCGCGCUCAAAGUUGGCUCGUACUUGUGUGCUACAUGCGAAUGUUUGGUGGCCGAUGUGCUGAGUUUGUCGAUGGAAGUGCUGCGGAAUGCCGAAGCCACGACGCCCGUCAUCACGUUGGCGUCGAUUCUCGAAGCGAUGCAAGGGGACGACGAGCUCGGGCGACUGCUCGUGUACCACGAAUCGUACGUGGCAUUGCAAUCCAUUGCCACCAACUUCCCCACCCUUGCUACAUCAUCCUCCCCAGUCGUCGCUUCCAAAACGAGCGACGAGAAAGUUCUGGACGUGCGCAUUCAAUCGAUGAUUGCCAUGGGGUUUCCUGAACAAUGGUGCAAGCGUGCGCUGGACGAAUCUGGGCAAGACGUGAACGCCGCCUUGAAUUGGAUCUUGAUCAACGGGGAGUUGCUGCAAGACACUUCAGCGGCACAACCAUUCCCAACGUCCAACGACAACUCCCCCGAGCCCGACGUCGCCGUUGUCGUGGAUGACCCGCCGCCGCCGCCAUCCCUUGAGUGGAGUACUGCCACGUCACUGGACGUUGCCGGAGCGUACGCCACGUAUUGGAAGCUAGGACAUGGCAACACGCUCGCGUUUACCAUCCAAAGUCGCACGGGUACGGCGCUGGUCGGGUUGUUUUGUAGCCGGGUCUUGCACUAUGAGCUUCGCAUAUCGGACAAGGCCAUCGACUUGAGCUUCGACGGCCACGUGGUGUGCACCGAACUCGGUGCGUUCUGCGACGAUGUGACGGGCGUGUCGUUUUGGGCGGUGUGGACGCCGACGACGCUUUACAUCGGCCAAGGGCCGAGGGUUCACUUGGAUGCGCUUGUCUUGCAAUGGACGAGGACGGACAACGCCUUGGCUUUGGAUAGCUUUUCAUUUGGCUCUACCCCGUCCACCAUGAUUCUUGCCGUGUCGGCCAUAUCGUGGACCCACGUAUUUGCUAGUGAUCGUAGCCUCACAGCAGCACCCAUCGACACUGUGGUUUGGCCCACAUACACUCCGGCCACGCACGACUUGACGGCCUGUUUUUACGACAGACCAUCAUUAUCAUUCCAACGAACGAACGACCAGUUCAACGUAUGGGGUCUGUACCUCACUCGUCAAGGGUUUCAGGACGCCAUGCACCAAGAAAGCGCCCCCGCUUUGGUCCAACACGCCCAUGAGAUGAUUCAAGUGCUUCGGAUUCUAUACGCUCGUCGCCUAGGCCUGACCAUCUUGGCCGUGUGCAACCAGCUGUCGGCACUCGAGCCCGUCUUUCGUAACCACGAGGCACUGUUUGUCGAGUUCGUGAGCUUAGUGUCGAACCGGCACUGGAUCAGCGAUAUGACGAAAAUAACUACCCAAACGCAGGUAGGACCGCCGUGGUACUUGCCGCGCAAGCAAACGUCUCUGGACUUUGUUCGCCCCGCCAUGCAAAGUGUGUGCGCAUGUUUGAACCCGCUGAGCACGGCCGUGUGUGCGUAUUUGCAGUCGCAUAUGUCGGCGUUCCUGCUUCAGCCGGCGUCGCUGCACUGGACAGAGCCGUCCAGCCUCAAGACCGACGUGGCUGUCCGCCAAGGCUCGGACUUGCGAUUCCUGCUCUUGGUCACGCAGUGGCUUCUGCCCGUGUCGAAUAAUGUGAUGGAACGCGCGUUGUUUGGCAUUUGGGCGACGAGUUUGACCAGCAACCAUGUCCAUGUCAAGCAAACGGCGUUCCAAGUGCUUAGCCGCAUGCUGCAUCAGUGCUUGACACGAGUCAACGAGUCCACAACCGACAAAAACGACUACGUUGAGUCGUUGUACUCGUACACGAAACUAGUGUCGUAUCCCCAUCUCAAAACGCUCACGGCGCGGCUGUUGCAACACGAACAAGAAAACUGUCCCAUGUAUUCGCAGUACUUUCAAGCGGUCGUCGACUUUUUGGCCUUGUACGAACGUGCGUUGCAUCGCCUCGAUCAACAAGCUUCGACAGAAACCGCUCCAUCAAGUACACGAGGUCUCUUUUUCAAGGGCGGGGCCAGCUACGUCGACAUCAAGGGCGACGACAUUUCUCCUCCUUGGACAGCUCAAUACACUGUCCAUCCUGUGGCGGGGGGGGCGGUGGCUGUGCUCGCCAACUCGACGUCCACAGCGAUCCUCUUGCGGUGUGGCCAGUCGUUCAAUGCUGGUCAUCCGAGUCUGGCCUUGAAAACCAAGGCCAAUGCACAAGUAGUCCCGUUUCACUGCCAUCUUCCAAACGACACGUGGUCGGUGUUGACCAUCACAGCGUCGUUGUCCCACGUGUCGGUGUAUAUCAACGGCACCUUGGCGGCGAAAGCGGACGUGUCGGACGUGCGCUUGCCGAUGGGCCAGCUCGGCGACCCCUCGCAAGGCUUUCGGGGAUGGUUGGCCAAUGUCCGAUACUUCGACUCGAUAUUGACCUCGUCUCAGAUCACCUCCCUCGUCGCCCUUGACCGACUGCAAUUCGAGCAACCAAGUAAUGCAGCAUCCGCACUUUUAACACCACCCCCCCCCCUCGACAGCGUGUUCCCAGCGUUAACUGCGAUCGCCCACUGGCCGCUCAACGAAGGCGUUGGCGCUGUUGUUCACGACGCGCUUCGAAAGUACGCCGAUGUGACGGUUCACGGCUCCAAAUGGUCUCGGCUGGAGCUGCCGUCUGUAGACAAGGUGCUACUGGCUACCUCUCAUAUAGCUAUGGCUCUGGAUGCCGAGUACCUGCAGAAGUACCUUGUGUUCUCCGGCACGGGGACGUUUACCCAGCAACCGUGUGGGGCAUUGGGGGGAGGGACGUGGAAUGCCUCGUCUACGAAAGCGCUGGCCGUGCACUUGUACUCGCUCGAUCAAAGAUCGAAUCUGGAAGGCAUGAUCGUGUUGAACUCGACGUUGCGGUGGCUGGUCACUGGUACCACUCGGGAAGAUGGGUUUGUUGAGUUCUCAGUCCAAAGUCGUCGGGGGAAUGGCGAGACCGUCGACGAUACCCAGUGGAUGGACGGCGUGGUGUUCCAGGGGUGGCAUCGUCACGGCGUACUCAAAGGCACAUGGCGCACGUCGCUGACUCAAACCAUCCCGCCGCGGCACGACUGCGCCAUGUACUUCUUGGCUCCAACGACAGACAGCGUCGUGCUGAGCGACGGCGGCCGGAUGGCGUUGAGUGUGUUGCGAAAAGGCAAGAAGAAGGCGAAUGUGUUGUACAUGGGCUUUGGCUACCAUGGGUUGCAGCAGGCGUGGGCAUCGAACGGCUGCCUGUGCACAUCCGAUUUGCCCAACGCCGCGCAACAUGACAUUCUCAACCGCACGGAUGGAUUCGCCACCGUUCGGUGCCAUGCGCUGGUCCGACGGGGUCAAGUGUACUUUGAAAUGACGCUCAAGAGUAGCGGGUUGAUGCAGCUAGGGUUUGUCAGCGCCGGCUUCAAGCCCGCGUUUGCCACCCAUGGCGUCGGCGAUCACUUUGGCUCGUUUGCAGUCGACGGCAAGCGGCGGAAAAAAUGGUGCAACACUGGCUCUUCAUAUGGCGGCGACUGGUCGUGGAGUGCCGGGGACGUUGUAGGCGCGAUGAUCGACUUUGAAGCUGGCACGAUGGGAUUUACACACCAUGGAGUGGACCUGGGGGUGGCAUUUACCCAAAACGAGUACCCCCAGGUGAACUGGACCAACGGGUUGUACCCAGCGGGCAGUUUUUCCAGUGGCGAAGGCGCGUGGUUUAACCUUGGUCAGUCGCCGUUCCAAUAUCAACCGCCGUGGGGGUAUAUCAGCGUGCUAGAGUCGGUGAAUGCGACGUCGUCGUCGAAGAACGAAGCAGUGCCGUUGCCCCGAGUCGACGUGUACUCGCACCGCCAGAAACGAUUCAGUCCGAUUUCGACUGGCCAUCGCGUGACCGAGAUCCUGUCGUGCCCGUUCCCGACCCAUCGCAGCCUUUCAUUCGGGUGGGGGUUUUGCUCGUCGGGAAAAAUCUAUCACGGCAACACGGCGUUGCGGUAUGCUUCUGUCGGGUUUGUCCAAGGCGACCGCGUCGGCAUUGAGCUCAACAUGAUCAAAGGCACGUUGGCAUUUUACAGAAAUCGCACCGCGCUGGGCGAUGCGUUUACGAACCUCCACAUGGAGCUGCCCAUGCAAGCUUUUGUGCAUGUGAACAACCAAGGCGGGUUCGUGCCGGCCGUGAGCUUGUUUCGCCCGCAGUCGAUGGUGGUUGCCCUCGGCUUAAAGCACGGACAGGAUGAAGUAGAGUACUCAAAAACCCAAUAA